AUGGUGAGCACAGGCACGACCAACCCCGCCGGCACCGGGUCGCAGCAGACCAACUCGACGUCUGGCUUGCCCAAGGGGAUCGUCGACACCGGCGACCCUCAGAAGAACCUCUUCCUCGACCCGAGCCAGAUCGCCAAGGGACUCGCGCAAGACGGUACGACCGGGGCCGGCAGCGAAGCAGGUGUCGUCGCGAGCGCCACGAGCGUCAACAACUUCAUCAAUGCCUGCUUGCUGAGGACUGAUUUGACCGGCUCGUGCAACGCCGUCCCGAUGGGCAUCAUCGCCGCGCAAACCAAGAUGCCGUCCUGCAAGUUUGUCAACCCGAAAAACUUGGACACCCUCCCCGCCAACCAGGACUUUGAGGUGCAGAUGGCGAUCAACAAUCUCGUCACCGGCAACUUCGUCAACGCGCAGCAGAACUACUUCGCCGCCCCGCAGAAUGUCGACCAGAACGGCGUCAUCAUCGGCCACUCGCACGUCGUCAUCGAGCCGAUCGACUCGCUCACCACGACGACCGUGAGCGACCCGACCCAGUUCGCCUUCUUCAAAGGCCUCAACAGCCCCGCGCAGAACGGCAUCCUCUCAGCGACCGUCACGGGCGGCUUGCCCGCCGGAACGUACAAGCUGAGCUCGAUCAACUCGGCGGCCAAUCACCAGCCUGCUUUGGUCGGCGUCGCGCAGCAUGGGAGUCUGGACGAUGCGGUGUACUUUACGGUCGCCGACAACGCCAACGCCGCCAACGCGAGCGCUGCGAACGCGAACGGCGGCUCGAACGGCAACGCCAACGGCAACAACGCUGGGCAAGCUCAAGGACAGGCUCAGGCGCAGGCGACCACCUCCGUCGCCAACACCGGCAACAACAACGCCGGGCAAGGCCGAGUGCAAGUCCAGCAGGCUCAGGCGGCCACGACCGCCGCUGCGAACAAUGUCGGACAAGGACAAGCGCAGGUCGCCGCCUCCUCCUCCUCUUCGAGCACGACGACAACUUCGCCUGCUGCGAACGUCGGACAGGGUCAGGCGCAGGUGACGACGACGAGUGCGGCCGGUCAGCAGGGUCAGGGUCGUUUCGGUGGGUUUGGAGGUAGGAACGGACGCAACGGUGGAGGCAGGAACGGCUCGAACGCCUCCUCUACCUCGUCGUCUUCGGCCACCUCGACCGCCUCGCUCGCGGCCCGCUCUGCCCUUCCUGACGCCCACCCGAACGCCUUCUCACAGCGCCGUCACACCAACCGCGCCCGCGACAGCAAGUACAAGCUCGAGAGGCGCCUCGAGGCCCUCCUCCAGGCUCAGCAGCGCGCUUGA